CGACGAACAGCAACCACCAGAAGUCGAAGUUGCGGAAGGAUGGGCGGUAUCGCCGGCGACGGAACCCUGUCGCCGACCGAGUUCCGGGUCGCUGCUCUCGCUUUCGCCGAGCGAUGGAAGAGCGCGGUGUCGGCUUUCCCUCCGUGGUCGUGGCUUCCUCGUCCGAAGCAACCUUGGCUUUCGAACGAAGUUGAUGGGUAUUUGGCGCUCGAGAACGUGCGCCUUCUCGACUCUAGUGAGGAAAACCAUGUCGGAUGCUGCGCUGGUUCGGAAGAGCCGAAUUGUUCCGGCGAUGACGAGCCCGUUGACGAUGCCACUUUGAUUCGGAGCAGUAUAGAUGAUGUUCAUUACUAUGACUUCCACGUCAUUUACGACUCUUCAUACAGGGUUCCGGCGCUAUAUUUCCGUGCAUACAGCGGAGAUGGCCGGACUCUACUCUUAAGUGAAUUUGAAGGAGACCUUCCAGCUGACUCUUCAGAGGCACUAGUGAAAUCGAAGUGGACAUUUAUAACUCCGGAGGAGCAUCCAUACUUGAACAGGCCAUGGUACAAAUUACACCCAUGCGGGACCAGUGAAUGUAUAAAGUUGCUCUUCCAGAGUGACGCCUCGAUCAGAACAAUAUCAGGCGCAGCUGAGCUAUAUUUGCUUUCUUGGUUCUCCGUUGUUGGCCGGAUGGUGGGUCUUAGCAUCCCUUACGAAUUGAUGAAAUGUGAGAACAAGACCUAGUUCAGUAUGUAUGGCGUCUUGAGACAGCAUUGAGUUAUUACUCGGCCAUAAGCUAUGACUAGAUCAAACGGACAGGGGAACAAUUUUGGAAAUUAGCCACCAAGGUAAGCCAUUCUAACCACGACGGACGCUUCUUCAUACGGUCAAGAACUCCAGUUGACAUGCGGAGGAUGUUAGUCGUCACCCACUUUGUCAUCACGUCGGGUGUCGCUUGUUUUGUUACUACCUGUGAAAUUGCAGGUGCCACAGCAGUGCCGGAGUGUCUCAUCGUUAACCAGUUAUGUAACUUUCAAACAUAAAGCGUGCCUAUCAAAUUGAUAUGCAAUUCGAAGUGAGCGAUCAUAUCAGAAUUGGUUUCAAUGCAAAA